CGGCUGCGGAGCCGGGCGAGCAGCACGGCGCGCCGUAGGAAGUGAGCAGCGCGUGACGCUUUCCUGCGGCCCUGCCAGGGAGCAUUUCCGUCCUCGCCGGCUGGGCUGCGGCGGCGGCAGGAGCUGCGGCCCCGGCGCUGCCCUCGGCGCCGGGCUGGGCGACGGGAGGCCGGGAAGAUGUUUGCGGUUUGCCAGCCCGACAUCGCCUUGAACGUCCCCUUCCGCGAGGGCCAGCGAGACCCCGCGCGGGGCACAGCCUUCGUGGGGGCCGGCGCGCGCGGGCAGGACACCAAUUUCAACUUCGUGGCGGGGGCCUACGACCGCAAUGAGAACUGGAGCCAGGCAGCGCCCGGGACCCGCGCGGGGGGAAGCUGCAGCCAGAGCGAAAACAUGACAAAUCCCUCUGAUAAUCUGCUGUUAUUAGUGCAGAGACAGACGGCUCAGGGCAGGCUUAGGGAUGCUGCCCAGGGCCCGACGGGGGACGGAGCGCGUCUCUGCGCGGCCGUGCGGAGCCCCCCCGAGGGAGCGGAGGUCGGCGGGCCGGGGGACGAGGCAGCGGCCGCGGAGGAGGCCGCCGAGGAGCGCGGGAAGCCCCUGAGCUCCCCCGCGGAGGACAACGGCUACGCCAGCAGCUCCCUCAGCAUCGACAGCCCCGACAGCGUCUCCGGGAGCGCCUGGGAGCCGCCCGCCGCUGCCCACGUCCGGGAGAGCCCGGCGGAGCCUGGGGUGGCCGACCCCGGGACGGAGACCUCCCCGGACACGGACGCCCUCUUCCCAGCGCUGGCGGAGGCCUUCCAGCACAUCCAGGACAAGGAGAGGUUCAAGGAGCGGGAGAAGGAGAAGCACCACAUCCAGCUGGUGAUGUACCGGCGCUUGGCGCUGCUGCGCUGGAUCCACAGCCUGCAGCAGAAGGUCGUGGCCCAGCAGAACCGGCUGCAGGAGAGCUUCGACACCAUCCUGGACAACCGCAAGGAGCUCAUCCGCCACCUCCAGCAAGGCCUGGCGUGCCCCGGCGCCCCGGGCCGCCCCGGGCUGUGACCCCCGCGGCCCGCGCCGCCCCGUCCCGCCCGUCCCUUCCGGGGUUCACCCCGCUCCCCUCUCCCGGCCGCGAGGAGCUUCUCCCGGCGUUCGCCCUCCGCGAUGGGGCCUGCGGCCGGGUUUUGCUCGGGAGGCUUUUAAAAGACGCGAGCUGCGGGCUCCCGUGGGCUCUGCCCGUCCCAGUGUUCCUGAAGCAUGAAGACACUGUGCAGCAGAUGCCACCGGAGUUCCCACGGGCCCCGGCAGCACGAGGUCCUUCCAGUGUUACAGGACCCUUUUUAAUGACUUUUCAUCUCACCUUCUCCCACGCUUCCUUUUCCGCCCAGCUGCUGCCGAGCAGGUACCAGCUCGCUCGUCGGUCCUCCACGCCGCGUCUCGCUAGGUCGAGGGGCUUGUGCAGCCCCGGGCUGGGGACCUCGAUACACUGAGAUCUGCUGGGUCUGCGAUGCUGGGACUCGUCUUUUACGUCUCAUUUGGGGUCCUUUGAGCAGUUAGAAGCAGGAGUUCGUUUCAUCACUUCACUGUAGCUCUGCGGCUUCACGAAAGGUUGUCUAGGAAACACGUCCCCAGGCUGGAGCGCGGGCAAGGAAGGCCUGGGACGUCCCCCAGCCGCUCCUGGGCAGCGGCCGGACACGGCCAGGGCACUGCCGAGGCCACCAACUUAAUUAGGGCACUUUCACCAAUUUCCUUCUUCUCCCGCUUCUCUCUCCUCUCCCACUGGUACCAGUAGCCACCCCCGAGCACCUGACUGAGGGAGGGGGAGAAGAGCUGGGAGAAUCCACACGCAGCUGGGACCCCUCCCUGGUGCCCAUCUCCAGAGGCCCGAGCGGGGCCAGGACCCUGCGAGCCCGGCCCCGGCGAGCACCCCACACCCCUGCGCCCCUCUCGCCUCUCGCCCCGCUGCUUCGUGCGCACGCGCGGGGACUGCGGGCCGCAGCCGCCUGCCAGGCGCUCGCCGCGUCAAGGGCGUCCGGCGACGGGGACCUUCAUUCAGCAAAGCUUUAAACACGCCCUGGAGCUCUUGCAAAGCGUUCAGCACCUGCUCAACGCGCGGGGAAGCCCCCGCGCACUCGAUGACCUCCAUGAUGCACGCUCAUACGCACGUGUCCAGACAGCAGCCCAGCGACUCCUGAAGCUUGCUCGUGUUUUCUGUCCCAACAAGGCGUCCUGUGUUGUUCUUAGGGAGCCGCUCUAGCACGCUGCCUAGCUGAGCACCUUCCAAAGCUCCGCGGAGAAGACGUGAAUUGAUGCGUUAGGUCCAAAGAGAGAGAGAAUCGUCCUUAAAACUGACCUCAGAACGCUUGAAAAUAAAUUUAAGUAUCAGCUGAUUCAAACCCAGUGUAUAUUGUUUAGGUUCAGCAUCAGAGUGGAUUUGACUUAGGUUUUGGGUUUUUUGGCCAGGAUGUCUGUGCGGGUCCACUCUGGCCCAUUGCAGAAUAUGCUUUAACGUGGUGCAUGACCAGGAAGCUGCUCUCAAGCUGUGCUGUUUGUGCUUGUAUUAAUGUAUCAUUUAAAGGAAAGAGAAUUUUUUUUUCUGAUUUACAUUGUAUUUAGAAGACUGCCUAGAGGAUACCGGAAACAGUCUUCUUUAAUAGGGAUCGAAGAGGACGUGCUGUGUUUCUUUGCUGUAUUUUCGUUGGUAUUGGUCUGAUACAUGCUGUAUUUAUGUCGUUGAUGUGCUGCGGGAGGAGGAGGAGGGUGGUUGGCUUUGAGCCUAGCUCACCGCGUGGUCCAGGUUAUAGUCCCAGUUUUACCCCGAAUUUCUGUACCAAGUCAGGCACUAAUUUAGUUUCUCAGCUGCAGAAUGAGGAUGAUGAGAGAUUUCAAAGUCGCGAUCGACACCGCCAGCAGCUCUCCCUCCAGCCCAGCUGCCCCGUGCCCGGGGCUCGGCUCGGGAGCGGAGCACGGCCAGCGAGGCGGGUGCCGGAGCCGGCUCGGAGCGGGCUCGGAGCGGGGCCACGCAGGAUGGGCGCAGCCGGGGCUGCCGGGGAUGGCGCGGCGCCCGCGAGCGGGCCCGGAUCGCAGGCUGCCGGUGACCACUAGAUGCUACUGCAAUACAAAUAAAUACCCGCCGCGAAGCCCCGUGAGGGCCAGCAGCGGCCAGGGCCGCCCCGCGCCGGCACCGCCAUCCGCAGCGGGCAUCUGCAAAGCCCCGCUUUGGAGGACGUUUUGGUGGCCCAGGGCGCAUUCGCCCCACGAAUUCGCACCCGGCGCUCGGCAGGGUUGGCUGCUGCGGACUGCGUCGCCGCGCUGGUGCUCGGCCGCGUGCAGGACCUGCUGCCUGCUUCACGUCACCGGCCUGCGAUCACGGGCACGUCACGCGUGUUAGUAAAAAGCCCGGAGGCAAAACAGCUGAGCCGGAGAGGAUUUGUCCCUUUACUCCUCGGCAGAGGUGGGGGUGACGCUCGGGGCCCGCUGCAGCCCGCCUGCACCGGCACCGCCAGCACCUCCGUCACCCCUCUCUAGAGGCCUUUUUGCCUUUAAAACCCCGACUCUCAGAUGCUCCUGUCCCGCGGUGCCGGGGUGCGGAGCGGCUGCUGCGUUCGCCACCCUCCCCAGCGGCACCGGCCCCGCGCGGGGGGCACGGCGGCAGCUCCGCGCCGAUGGGGCCGGCAGAUAAAAACACCUGAGUGCUGACCUAGAGGUGACUUUGCCUCCGGCCUCGCAGAGAUUAAACAGAGAUGGAAAAGAAGCUGCAGCAGGCCUUUGAACCUUCCUUCACCUUUUCUUUUUUCUUUCCCUUCCUGCUUCUCCUUUGCAGCCUCCGAAUCGGUGGGAAUUUGGGGGUGCAGCGGCCCCGCUGCAGACGCGCCGGCUGCACCGGCGGUUCGUAACGGGGAGGCUCAGGCAGAGCCGCCGGCUCCCUCUGUGCCUGUUCUCAGCUCGCGGCGGGGGCCACGGGGAAUUCUGCCCCCCGCCACUGCCGGGCCGCCGGGACGGGCGCUGGCGGGGCGAGGAGGGCAGGUUUCCGCGCGGCCGGGGCGCCGGUGCCAGGAGCAGCUCGCGCAGACCAGGGCAGCGUGAGACCGCGGGCCGCCUGCCCGCCUUUCCCGGCGGAGAGACGGAGCGACUCUCUGUUUAUCUUGGUCAAAUGCUUUACGCAAAUAAUUAUUUCCAAGGUAAAUAUUGUGAUAAUCCAGAUUAUUUGCUCAAGAAAUGAAAGAAUAACUGCGGGGGCACAUCAAAAGUGGUGGAUCUGCUCCGCAAGCAACGGGCUUCCUCCCCGACUACUGGGAGCCCUCGUGCUCAUGCCCCGAGAGCUGCUUUCGGAUGGCCGGGUUUGAUUUGCAAAAGCAACUUCAUACCGAGUUUUUCCACCCCCGUCUCCAAUAACCGAAUGAGAUUUGCGAAUUAAUUAAAAAUCCUACCAACUGCAGGAGGAAAAAACAACAGAGAGGCAAAACCCUGCGACGCCGAGUCCUGCCAGCUCCGGCGGGGAGCGCGGGGCCGGCGCGGGGCCGCGCUGCCGACUCCUGGUUUCCCCGGGGGGGAGGACGGAGCGAUGCCGGUGCGUUUAUCGGAGCUGCGUGCGCCGCGCCGGCCCUCGGCUCCCCGCACCCCCGCCAGCCCCGCGGGUCCCCGGCACUGGUGCGCAGCGGGCUGGAGCCCGGCUUUGCUCACAGCGCCCGCGACGCCGAGCCCUGCGCCUCCGAGGGCAUGUGAUCCUGGAUUUCCGUACGCGGCAGACAGGGCCCUUUGUUUUUAAGGCCUCCUCUGAAAGUUUAUUGUUAUUAUUGUAUUAAAUCCCUGUAACACUGGGCUGAUUUUACUGCAUGAAGCAAGAUUUGGCAAACGUUGCCUCUCUUUGAAAGCACUGAAAAAAAAAUCAAGUGUUUAUGAAGGUUUGGAGGGAAAUAUUUUACCUUGUAAUUUGAAUCCGUUCUAACUAUUUCCAGUAUUUUGCGGGCUUAGAAAAGUCUUUAAAAAUAAAAUCAAAUGAUGUGAUAACUGA